AUGCAGACGGCUGUUGUUACUCUGAUCGCUUUUGCGGCUGUCCUUGCCCUGAGCGAAGCUUGCUCCGAUUCGUCUGCCAACUGCGCUAAUUGGUCGAAGAAUGGAUUUUGUACCAAUGGUUUCUAUACGGCGGCUCAGCGGACGAGUCUAUGUCAAAAGUCGUGCAACCUUUGCACUGACGGAACUUGCUCCGACUCGAAUGCAAACUGCGCCUCCUGGGUAGCCAACGGCUUCUGCACGAGCAGCAUCUAUACGGCUGCUCAAAAAGCGGAGUACUGCUGCGGAUCCUGCGGACCUGCCACAACGACAGCUAGUAGCGCAGCUACGAGUGCAACUACUGGCGUAACGACCGGAGAGACCGGAACUACCGGCGGCACCACGCGCGUGACUACUGAAACGACAACUGAAGAAACAACGACCACCGAGAUG